GUGCUUUUGAUGUGUUUCAGGAUUUUGUCCCAUUAUACCAGGACUUUGAAAAUUUCUACAACAGAAACCUCUACAUGCGUAUUCGGGACAGCUGGAACCGUCCAAUCUGCAGUGUGCCAGGGGCCAAAGUGGACAUGAUGGAGAGAGUUUCCCAUGACUAUAACUGGACAUUCACGUACACAGGGAGAGUGAUAAAAGACAUUAUUAAUAUGGGUUCCUACAACUACCUUGGAUUUGCACAGAAUGCUGGGGCUUGCCAAGAAGCAGCAGCUAAAGUUCUAUCCCAGUAUGGAGCUGGGGUGUGCAGCACUAGGCAGGAGAUGGGAAACUUGGACAAGCAUGAGGAGCUGGAAAAGCUAGUUGCCAGGUUCCUAGGUGUGGAAUCUGCAAUGGCGUAUGGAAUGGGGUUUGCAACCAACUCUAUGAACAUUCCUGCUUUAGUUGGCAAGGGCUGUCUGAUUUUGAGUGAUGAACUGAAUCAUGCAUCACUAGUGCUUGGAGCAAGACUGUCAGGAGCAACUAUUCGAAUCUUUAAGCACAACAAUAUGCAAAGCCUGGAGAAGCUGCUCAAAGAUGCUAUUGUGCAUGGGCAACCUCGUACACGGAGGCCCUGGAAAAAAAUUCUUAUCUUGGUGGAAGGAAUAUACAGUAUGGAGGGAUCCAUAGUGCGUUUGCCUGAAGUGAUUGCCCUUAAGAAGAAGUACAAAUCCUAUCUGUACCUUGAUGAAGCUCACAGUAUAGGUGCCCUGGGUCCCAGUGGCCGGGGUGUGGUGGAGUAUUUUGGACUCGAUCCUGAAGAUGUGGAUGUUAUGAUGGGAACAUUCACCAAAAGCUUUGGAGCUGCAGGAGGAUACAUUGGGGGCAAAAAGGAACUGAUUGAUUACCUCAGGACAUACUCUCACAGUGCAGUGUAUGCAACAUCAAUGUCACCUCCUGUUGUGGAGCAAAUCAUCACCUCCGUGAAGUGCAUUAUGGGUGAAGAUGGUACAACUAUUGGUGAGUCUUUCGAACAGUAAGCAUGUAGAAAGGGGAAGCCAAACAGAGCCUCUGUCCCUUU